AUGUACUGGACAGAGGCUACAAGAUUUUUUCCAAUAGCUGACUCAAUGCCUAGAAAUAGGUUUGAUAAGCUAAGAAAUUAUUUACAUGUGAAUGACAACACUAAAAUGAAACAAAGAGAGCACCCUGAUUAUGACAAGCUGUUCAAGGUGAGACCAUUUGUUGACAAAAUCAAACAAGGCUUUUCAAUUAUUGAACCUGAGGAAUAUCAUUCAGUGGAUGAAUUAAUCAUUCCUAUCAAAGGUCAUUCAUCCCUGAAACAGUAUGUAAAAAGCAAACCACACAAGUUGGGUAUAAAAGUUUCUGCCCGUGCUGGUUCUAGUGGAAUUGUGUACGAUUUUGAAAUAUACCGAGGGAAAGGAACUGUACAUAAUGAUACUGGUCUGGGUAUAAGUGUGUUUAAAGACAAUUGGUUCACCUCUUACAAUCUUAUUUCUGCCCUGAAAAACUAUGGCAUUUUGGCUGUUGGAACUGUUAGACCCACAAGACUUAAAGGUUGCAAUCUAAAAGCAGACAGCGAGCUGAAAAAGCGGGGACGAGGAUCAUACGAUUAUCGAACUGAAACAGAAAGGAACACCAUAGCGCUGAAGUGUAAGUCCAGUAGAACCAGUGAAACGUGGUCAGUGGGAGAACGAAAAUAUAUUGAUGUUCCAAGGCCAGACAUUGUUAGAGAAUAUAACCGUUCGAUGGGAGGGGUUGAUCUGCAUGACAUGCUGGUUGCUUUGUAUAGGAGUAAUAUUGGUGUGAAAAGAUUUUAUCUAAGGAUCGUAUUCCACCUCCUUGACAGUGUGUUGUAA